UGGGUUUAUACGCAGAACAUUGAACGCAGCAUCAGUUCCUGGUCAAAGGAUAUACCGUCAGUGAGAUCCAGAUGCUUUUAAAUCUGAAUUCCUGAGUGGGAAUGCGCUCAGCCAUUUGCUAGGACCCUGUUUCCCGACCCACGGUGCUGUAAGAGAUUCCCAGAGAUGACAGAGGAACACCUGGACGCGGCUCGACGACUCAGAAAUUCAGCGGGCUCUUCGAGCGAGUAAGCGACAUGGACAACUCUGUCACCCUGUGGCAGUUCCUACUCCAGCUCCUGUUGGACUCCAGCAACGAGCAGCUCAUCUGCUGGACCAAUGAGGAAGGAGAGUUCAAGCUGCUGCAGGCCGAGGAGGUGGCCCGGCUUUGGGGAGCCCGCAAGAACAAGCCCAACAUGAACUACGACAAGCUCAGCAGGGCGCUGAGGUACUACUAUGACAAGAACAUCAUAAAGAAGGUGAACGGCCAGAAGUUCGUCUACCGCUUUGUGUCCUACCCCGACAUCCUGAAGGGAGACGCCGCUGCCCGGAUGGACGGGGGGGACGAUGGAGCGGGCGGAGUCCUCCCUGCUGUUGCUAAGAGGUUGGACGGUGCUAUGCUGGAGGCGGAGUCUGACGACCGCUCCAAGGCGGGGUCGGGUCUGGCCGCUCUGGGCUCCAACACCAAGCAGUCCAACAGAAACGACUACAUCCACUCCGGCCUCUACACUUCGUUUCAUCUCAACUCCCUGCACAACGGCCGGCAGCUCUUCAAGUCCAUCAAGGUGGAGAACCCUGCAGAGAAGCUGGCUGAGCGGAGGGCCGCCUCCCAACAGAGCCAGGAGACCCCCCCUCUGCUGCAGGCGCCUCCAGCAGCCGCUCCGCCAUCGGUCAUCAAGUUCGGAAACAGCCCGCCAAAGCUGCUCGCCGUGCCGCCUCCUCCAGUCGCCAUAGAGACCACCUUGAGCGGCUUGGACUCCCUGCAGGCUCCACCUCACAGGGCCGGACUCGUCAGCACACACUCCUCGCUGCACCCCCAGUCCGUCUACUCGCUGGAGCACAGCCGGCAGUCAGAACCUGGCCUGGGCCUACCGGACCUGGGCGCGGCACGGGAGGCCGCUCAGGAGGGAAACAUGACCAACAGUGACGGCGAGUCGGGGGGCUCUGGGUCCACAGAACCAGCUGCUCUGGAGACACCAGAGACCCAGCCACACGACAAGCAGGUGGAUGGCGGCAUCAGCGUGUUUAUAGACGAGCCCGGCCUGGUGGACACUGAGACCAGUUCGUCCUCGGUGAACAGCAACACCGCGGGAAGCGCUCAGGCUCUGGGAAAAACUCGUAAACCGCCAAAGGUCCUGCAGCUCAGUCCGCCCGCUCUGCUCGUCACCACGUCCGAGUUCUCCCCCAUGAACUUGUGCAGCCCUUCGCUGCCCACUGCCUCACUCACACCAGCAAUGCUCCAGACUCCAACCCUUCUGCUGACUCCCAGUCCUCUGCUGUCCAACAUCCACUUCUGGAGUACGCUCAGUCCUGUCGCUCCCCUCAGCCCAGCCACCAGACGUCAGGGAGCCCACCUGUUCCAGUUCCCAUCGGUCCUGAACUCCCAGUUCCAGAUCCCAGUCCAGAGCCUGGAUGGGACCAACACACCCGGACCCAUUUUCCCAGACCCCCAGAAAACGUAGACGCGGCCCACGCCCGUGUGUGGCGGACAGAUGAGGCUGAAGCGUUCGCUUGGUCUUGUGGUAUUCAUGCCCUCAGGACCCUUUUCUGUUCGCCAUCCUGAUGCAUUCAUUUUGUCUGGCUUAUUUUGGGAUCACAGCAGAUGGAAAAGGAGAGAGGGAUUUCCAUGGUAACCAAACUGGACACAAUCUGCUUCACACCUAAUGGGAUUCCAGCUAUGGCUUUGCUGCCAGACUGGUUCUUCUGACCUGAGUCGACUCUGGUCGUUUGUUGCUCCAACCUGAUCAUACACCUGCCUCAGCUGCUCAUUACCCGACCCACGUCACCUCCACCCUUCUGUCUUAUUCUGACUUGUGGCCAUAAUCCAAACUGAACCUUAAGUUAUGCUUUGCAGAUGUUUUAACACUCCUUUCACACUUUUUUCUAUAAUCCAAUCUCAACAUUCAGUGUGUUUCAUUUGGAUUGGAUCUCAGAGAGUGAAAGGAGUGUUUGUUUUAAUGAAACGAAUGUGGACACCCUGACAGUCAUGUUGACCUGUUCUGCCUUCUUUAGGGAAGAAAGAGAAGCCAUCCAGCAUUUUUAGCCACAGGGGGCAACCAACCAGCAGUUGUUCUCUCUCUGUCAUGGAUCACUAGUGUCAUCGGCUUGUUGGGGAGGGAAACCAGAGAAUGGAAACAGAGGGAAGCGGCUCGUUUGUUAGUGAGUGAGCUUUUCUUUUUAUCAUCACCAGCUGAUCUUUAAAACAUUGUUUAGAAAUGAGAAAGCAAGAAAAAAAAAGAUCCCUAUGAUUUUGUGAAAAAAUUAAUACCAUAAAAAACUCCUUUUGAUGCUCGCUAUUUGUGGAAAUCCUGAGCAGUUGUUUGUUGCAUCUUUAUAGAUCCAGUUAAGAACAUUAGAAGCAUUUUGUUUAAAUUCAAAUUAAAAACAUAUUUUGUUGAAUCUCCAGUAGCAGUCAGACUUGUAACAAAUCUAGUUGUUGCAUGGCAUCUUAUGACUGUAAUGACAUGCUAGCAGCUAAAUAUCCAGGGACAAAGACAAUAUUCCACAGUAAGAUGUCCUGGAUGACAUCAUCAGUAGUUACCAAACACUGCUAAUCCACCUCAUUUGCUUUGGCCACUCGCGUUUAACUCUCUGCCUGUCCGUAUGGUUACCAGGCCGAGCAUGUUGGAGGAUGGUUUGAACUUCCUGUUCCUCUCUCUGCCCUGCAUCAUGAAGCUUCCUCUUCAACGCUGCUUGGAAUUAUUGUAGCUUUUACGAUGCUAAUCAGUUGCUCCUAGUCGGAAAAACAGUGCAUUGUUGCCACGGCUACGCAUCCUAGCAGUCCACAAGUAAAAAAAGCAAGAGUAAUUAAACAAUAAUGCAACACCUCAAUCAAAAGGAUUAACAAAAGUGUAGAAGAAGAAGAAAUGAGAGCUAGCGUAGCUCCUGCUGCCACCACCAGUGGCACUGUUCUAGAAUUAGUUUGAUUGCAGUUCAGCACUGGACAUCCCUGCAUACAUGUAGUAUUUAGUACUUGGUUAUUGCUUCAGUAUCUGUUUAGUGACAUGCAUAUUUGUACAACUCCACGUUCAUUCAAUCUGUCCUGUGAACGUCUACCUUCUUGUCAGCAAAUGCUGCCGUCUUCCCUCUGUUUCCACUUUAAAAAGCUCCAAACAAAACGGCUGGAAUUAAAGCCGAGACUGUUGAUGGCUUUUUUUUAAUUGUUUUUUUUGUUUGUUUUCUUUUAACCACAAAUAGCAAUACCUUUGCUUGCCCAACAGUCAGCCAAAACAUUAUGACCUCUUUCUCCUGCUGAGCUGGAAAUGCACCGAGCAGUCAGCCGGAAUCAGGUCUGCUCAAGACACUAGAGACAUUCUUCAGUGUGGAAGUUCUUACUGUGGGAAGCAAGAAAGCGUUAAAAACGACUUAAAUGUAAAUGUAUCGUCGGCCGUUUAUUCAGGCUGAUAUUUUCAACAGAUGAUAGGAAAGCUAAACAUAUUACUGAAAAGUUGUUCUCAUAUUUUUUCCUAAGGUUUUUUGCUCCAAAUUUAAACAGCCACCACUCACAGAAAACAUUUUAUUUGCUGUUUCUCUUCUUUUUUUAAUCGGAAUUGACUAAAAUGACACAGAAAUGUCCAACAGCGGAGCAUCAUUUGUGUGGAGGCCAGUUGCUUCUCAACUUUAAUGCUUAAAAUCCAAGGUGUCAAACUCGAGGCUCGUGGGCCAAAUCUGGCCCACUCUAGCUAUUUAUAUGGCCCCUCUUAUCUCAAGAUGGCCACAUAAAUCAAAUCAGAUUGUUUUUUUACCUACAUUGUCAAAUUACAUCAAAGAUUAAAAGUUGAUUUAAUUUUAAGAAGUAAAGCGAUAAUAUUCUAAUAGUUCCUUAAUAGGUAAUUUUAUCAAUAAAUUUAAUCAAAGAUGCAACUAUUAUUUGAGUUAUUGAUUAUUCUGACGGUUAAACUUUUAUACAAUAUUAGAAA